AUGUCUGAGUAUUAUAAAUUGGUGGAAAAUCUAACAGAAAAUGAAAUUCUAAUUAAAUUUCCUGAUGUCAUACCACUGGAUACAAGACCAAAUUCACGUUCAUCAAACAACUCAAACUUGACAAAUAAAGAUAAAAAUGCAUUCAAUGGACAUAAUGAAACACAGAUUCAACUGAUGAAUGAAAACUGUAUCGUGAUUGAUUGGAAUGAUAAUAUUGUGGGUUCAGCAACUAAAAAGACUUGUCAUUUAAUGGAUAAUAUUGAACGUGGUCUGUUACAUCGUGCAUUUUCUUGUUUCAUAUUUAACGAGAAAAAUGAACUGUUACUACAACAACGUGCGAAGGAAAAAAUUACGUUCCCUUUAUUGUGGACAAAUACUUGUUGUUCUCAUCCGUUAUCGAUUGAUAAUGAAAUUGGUAUUAAAAACCCAGGGAAUUUAAUCGAAAAUAUUAAUGGUAUUAAAAACGCUUGUAUUAGAAAAUUAGAACAUGAAUUAGGUAUACCAACUUCAGAAACUUUAAAUAAUGGGAAAUUCCAUUUCUUAAAUAGAAUUCAUUAUAUGGCUCCAUGUAAUGAUCCAAAAAAUGUUUGGGGUGAACAUGAAAUCGAUUAUAUUUUAUUCUUUAAAGUUAAUAAAGGUUUUGAUUUAACAGUUAAACCAAAUAUUAAUGAAGUCGAAGAUUUUAAAUGGGUAGAUUGUAACACCUUCAAAAAACUUUUAAAUGAUACAGAAAAUUAUAGUUUUACUCCUUGGUUUAAAAUCAUUUGUGAAAAUUACUUAUUUAAUUGGUGGGAUCAAUUAGAUGAUCUUUCAAAUGUUGAAAAUGAUAAAAAUAUUUACAGAAUGUUAUAA